UUUAAAGGCCCAUUUAUAUGGGCUUGUCCUAGUUAGGGUUUUCUUUUGGCUGCUUAAAACACUCGCUUUCCUUACUCUGGUAUCAUCUUCCGUCGACUUUCGAGGACUUGUUCGUCUCCUUCCCUGAGAGCUUUGAAGGGAUAUUGUGGGAGCAGUUGAUUUAUAGCCAAGAUGCAGAACGAAGAGGGAGAGCUCAUGGAGCUUUACAUUCCUAGGAAAUGCUCCGCUACCAAUAGGUUGAUUACUUCAAAGGACCAUGCUUCUGUUCAGAUUAAUGUUGGCCACUUAAAUGCAAAUGGUAUUUAUGAAGGCCAAUUUUCUACAUUUGCUCUCUGUGGAUUCGUCCGUGCUCAGGGGGAUGCUGAUGGUUCAUUGGACCGCCUCUGGCAGAAAAAGAAAGCAGAAGUUAGACAAUAGGGAAGUGAGAUAAUUAGUAUGUUACUUCAUUGAGAGGAGCGACGAUCUUUAGUGUUACUUUCAGUAUGUCUAGUUGUGUACUUAGAUAUGACUUGGGAUGAAUCUGUUUCAGACGUUUCCAUGCUUGCAUUUAUGUUCCUUUAUUAAGCUACUUCCUUUUCAUGUGUGUUGAUCUUUCUUUGUCAAAAUAGUAUUCCCAGGCAGUAGCCGGUUUAUAUAUAUCGUCGGUGAAGGACUUUGGAGGAGUAUUUUUCUUACAGCUUUAUGAUCAUAAUUCAGAUACCGGGAUUGUUGUAUGCUUGUA